UUUUUUUUUUUUAUACCAUUCUAUUUCUUCCUAGGUUUUUCAUCUGGUGAUAACAGAUAUUCUCAUCUGUAUUCAUAUACUGAUAACAAUAAUAACAAUAGUAAUAACAACAAUAUCAGCAACAGCAACGACAACAGUAAUAAUAAUAAUAUCAGUAAUAUCAACAAUAACACCAUGACAGCACAACAACAAGCUUCCACAGCAGCAGUAACAUCAUCUGGUAGUAUGGAUACUAUCAACAAAGACCAACAAGAUAUUCCUGCAGAAGCUGAAGAAUUAAAGCGACAAUUGGAUCAACUCAAUCUCAACAUCAACAAAGUACGAGAAGAAGUGACAAUAGAAGCUGAAAAGAAACAACGUCUUCAACAGGAAUUGGAAGAAGCAAGACGAGUAUAUCAAGAACGUGAAACGGAAUACAAUCAAAUUGAACACAACUUUUUCCAACUAACACGGGCUGUACGUGCUACUGAUGAUGACUUGUCAACUAUUCGCGAUUCUCUAAAGUUACUCAAAUACAAUGUAUCUCGUGUGGUGAUGACUUUGAACAAGAAGGCAGAUAAGACUAAGGCCAAGACCAAAUUUGUUGCUACAUGGCCUGAACUCUCAUUAUUGGAUAGUCAAGGUGAAUUCGUGGAACCUAGUCAUAUCAACUUUUUGGCUGAAAAGUUAAUACAUGAUCAUCUUGUGCGAUGCGUAUUCCGAUGUCCUGUUUAUCCUGGUUUGGACAUCAAUAACUCAUAUGCAGCUCUUAGUAGUUGGUUUACUGAACAUGAUUCCAAUUUUUCUGUACGUUUACGACAACAAUUGGCGUUGAUUUUGGCGAAAAGCAAGACUGAUAGCGAAUUACAUCAAGCAGUACAACAAGAAAAGAAACGGAUAGCAGAUCUUAUCUAUAAAGAUCUAGCGGAAAUUUAUAGUCCUUUUAUAUUGGAAAAUGAUGCUCAAGUGAGUGAAGAUAAAUCGUAUUAUGCCAAGGUGACUGAUAUUUUGGAUAAGGCAUUCAAAUUGGCUAUUGCUAUUCGUGGUCAAGAAGUGGAAAUAACUACUUUGGAUUUGGAAGAAGGCAAACAAGAAAUUGAUGAAGAAACAAUGGUAGAAGUUCGUGGAAAAACAUCUGGUAUUGUACGAUUCUCUAUUUGUCCUGCUUUUAUUGGUGGUGAUGGUGAACAUGGUUUCUUGGAAAAAGGAAAAGUAGUUGUAGUCUAGUCAAUCCCCCCCUUUUCCCCUUAGUUUUUUUUUUUUUUUUUGAAUCUCAC